GAGUCGUCGGCCAAGAACCGAGCGGCGGCUUUAGCUCAACUUCGUCGCAUUUGCAUGCCCAAGCCUGGGUCACACCAAUUGGAUGCGCCAAAGGGGGUGCAUAAGAAGUACCAGCAGCGUGGUAAGUCCCGAGAAGAGUUGUUGACGCUUUUGCGCGAAUGUGGAUUGAACAAGGAGAAAUUUGUGAAGACCGUGACCAAGCGCUUCAAGCGAACCCGGAAGGGAUCAUUCAAGGUGAAAGCGGGGUUCUACACAGAGCAGGCCAUGAAGGACACCCUGAACUACAAUCCGAAGCGAAUCGCUGCCAUUGUGAAGUACUGUUCACACAAGUCCCGAAGAGCAGAUCACCGUCAGCUGGACAAAUACGAGAAGGGUGUUUACAAAUACUGGGUGGAAGAAGACAUGAAUGCAGAGUUUGAAGAGGCUGAGGAGGAAGAGUCGGUGGAAGAGAGCACUCGUACAUCUGCCGAUCGGAUGCGGAGGGUGAAAGCCAAAAUGACCCUGACAUGCCCGCUGGGAAAGCCUAGUGGGAAUGAGGACGAUAGUGACCAGGAGUCCGAGAGUCCAAGUGACAUCGACAACAAGA